AUGCCGGAUGGCGAAAGUCGACUGCGCGUCCUGCGUGCCUGUGACCGUUGCUCUCAGUCCAAGCAGCGCUGUGAUGGCCGACGUCCAUGCCAGCGAUGCACGGAGAGAAACACCUCGUGUCAUUAUGAGAAGCUCGUCCGAAAACGAGGUCGGCGCCGUCGAACGAAGCCCGCUCCGUCUGCUCACAGAGCCCUCGCACCUGGUCCUCCCAGCUUGCACGACCUGAUCAACCAUACAGAGCUGAACCCUUCACCAGUCUACCAGGAGAAAGGGCCAGACGAAAUGCAGCGGCGGAACACCAACUCGUUGAGCAGUCCUUCGUACACCGAAGACGAUUCGGCACAAACAGUAGAAACAAGAGGCACUGGGGAUAGGUCCGUCCUCGUUGAAAAAAACGACCAUCUUCGGCUGGGAGGCGGCCUGCACACGGCCGAAGGGCAGCGAGAGUCUCCAUUCGCUCAGCUUCUUAGUCCGUUCCCUCUGCAGGAAGUUCUCUUUGGAAUGCCAGGGCGCCCGAAUAGCCAGGCUGCCUUCACGCCUCCGAUGGUCACACCUCCAGUUGAACACUGGCUGGAUAGGACAACGUCCUUUGCGCCGAGCAUCCCACGGAGUAUAUGUCCGUCAAUACCACACAAUCCUCAUGAAGCGCUCGGACAGGGACUGGUUCAGGGGCAGUGCUACCCUUGCUUGCACCAUCUGAUGCCCUAUCUAAAAGGAAUCCUCUCUCCGGAAGAUGCUUCUGAGAUGCUGGAGAUCUAUUUUAACGACCAACGGAACCCCAUCUUCAAAGCCUCUUCGCCAUACACGCUAACCCACAUAAUACACCCAUCCUCAAUUCUCCAUCCAACGUCUCCGCGACCUACGUCUUCCGUCUUGCUUCUGGUCAUGCUACUUUGCGUGGCGCACACUGCAGAUAUCAAGAUCUUUGAUCCUCCUGGUGCACGCCAGCGCAUCGUCCUAGACCUCUAUCGUUUGGCACUGGACCUCUUAGAGCCGGUGGAUUGGGACAAUUACUUCAGGACAUCAGACGGUUGGCAGUUCCACCCUCGCGGAGGAUUCACCGACAAGGACGGGCGCUCCUCGGUGUCUCACGCCGCCAGGACUGGGCUGAUACCCGACUUCCUAGGGUCAACGGAUGUCAUCCUCGCGAUCGUCAUCCUUGCCCUUGUUAUAUCUGGCGGCCAUUUCAAGGCUGACUGUCUGAAAUGGUGGUCCAAGGCUGUCCGGCUUACUCGGGCUAGUGGGUUGAGCAUGGAAGACCAGGGAAUGCAGCCGGGGAGCAACCCUAGUCAACCACAUCAUCCGCACAAAUCACAUCGCGAGUGGGUGAUUGCAAAAGAAGAACGCCGGAGACUGUUCUGGCUGAUCUAUUGUCUCGACCGUCAUCUCGGCCUCUCGUUGAAUGCAGCCGUGAACUUCCCCGAGGGCACAUUCUGCGUCGCAGAGCCACUGCCUGAGGCGAUAUGGCAGAACUUGGAGACAAUACCUCUCACCUCACUUUCCCCACCUCGCCUUGGUCCUCCGUCGAGGAUAUCGGGUUACGGCUUCUUUGAGUACUUUCUUCCCCUGGCGACUGUGCUGGGUCAUAUUAUUGACCUCCACCACAUCCAACAACAUCCCCUGCUAGGCGACACUAUAAGCCAGGCGGCCGUCCAUAAGAUCGAAGCGCUCAUAUCCCAGCGAGAGCAGGAUCUCGCGGAGCUGAGGGCUCAACUCGAGAAUCCGCUGCUCAGUCAACGACCGGUCGAUCUAUUCAACACACAUAGUCCAGUAUCGACCGUUGACUCGAAGAAACCAUUGGUCAUUGCGUACAGCUCCCACAUGCUCCACGUAUUCUAUAUCUUGCUACACGGGAAAUGGGAUCCGAUAUCCAUGAUCGAGGACGAAGACGAUUGGAUCACCUCGGAUAGUUUUCAAGCAUGCGCCUCUCAUGCCCUCAGUGCGACAGCAGCCGUGCACCAAAUCCUCACCUUAGACCCAGAGCUGACCUUCAUGCCGUACCUGUUUGGUAUAUAUCUACUGCAAGGGAGUUUUAUCCUUCUGUUGUUCGUCGAUCGGAUGCCCGAGCUGGGUUUCAACAAGUCGGUCGAGGAAGUGUGUGAGACCAUCAUUCGCGCCCAUGAAGUGAGUGUCGUGACGCUGGACACCACAUUCCAGGUAUGGCUUCCUUCUCAUCCAUGA